AUGUGUAUCUCAAUCUCGCAAGUCUCUAGAUUCAGAGUACAUUUAUUAGGAACUUCUUGCUACGAACGUGUCCAUGGCUGCCUCAAGAUCAACUCAAGCCCGAAGCUGCUCGAUGUUAGAGCUUCCUCUGCUGAUGGUUCCAAAAGCAGAUGGAUCAGACGACACUCAAGCACUACCACUACACAAGGAAGCAAGAGAAGCAGCAACACCAAGAGCAGUGUCUUGGGAGGAGCAGUUCCCGUUACCAGGAUCAUAGACGCAGAGAGCGUGACCAAGAUACAACAACAGCCUUUCGAAACUCUUCAGCAGCGGCUUGCUAAAAGCAAAGAUCUCUCUAACCUCCUCACGGUCAUCGUCACUGAUCUCGAGACAAGCGGCUUGAGUAGGGUGAAGUCUCGGAUCAUCGAAAUCGCAGCUCAGGACCUAGCUGGUGGUGAGAACAGCACGUUUCAGACUCUCGUCAACCCUGGUGUUCCUAUAUUCAAUGCCAAUAUCCAUGGCAUCAGGAAUGAUAUGGUUUCUCGACCCGAGGUUCCAAGGAUGGAAGAGUUGAUACCUAUAUUUCUGCGGUAUGUUGAGAGUCGACAGAAGCCUGGAGGCUAUGUGAUCAUCGUUGCACACAACGGCAAAACGUUUGAUUUCCAGUUCUUGAUCAACGAGUUUAACCGUUGCGCUUUCGAGAUUCCUGAUAAUUGGCUCUUCUUUGACUCACUCCCUCUUGCCAGGGAUUGCAUGAAGUCUCUAGAGGCAGAAGUGAAGCUAAAAGCGACGUUAUCAGCUCUAGGGGAUUACUUCAAUCUCUCAAGGGAUGGUGAAGCUCACAGAGCAUUGUCAGAUGUGUUGCUCUUAUCUCAGGUGUUUCAGAGACUCACUAUUAAUCAGAAGGUCUCACUCUCUGAUCUUGUCCUUCGCUCUUACACCUUAUCCGACCUUACUACUGCCAUGGCAAAGAACAAGAAGGACUGA